CCAGGAGGUGAGGAGGCUCUGUGAUCAUUACACUCUGAGAUAAAGUUACCGACACGGGAGAGGGAAGUCAGAGACGUUUGGAAAGGCCCGUGGCCCUAGACCCCUGGCCAGGAGAGCCCUGCAGAAAAUGAGCGCCAGCCCUGAGGCCUGGCCUCCAGCAGCUUGGGAGUCGGUGGUCCUCGCUGCCUUUGCUGUCGCCGGCAACAGUGCCAUCUGAGACCUCGCCCCGGGACUCUUCCACUGCCCCUCCGUCCCCAGUUUCCGGGGCCAUGACGGACUCCCCGUUCCUGGAGCUGUGGCAGCCCCGGGGGGUGUCCAUCCACGAGCAGCUGGGCAUCGGGGACCGGCCCAAUGACUCCUACUGCUACAACUCGGCCAAGAACAGCACCGUGCUCCAGGGCGUCACCUUUGGCGGCAUCCCCACCGUCCUGAUCAUUGACGUCAGCUGCUUCCUGGUUCUAAUAUUGGUGUUCUCUUUAAUAAGAAGACGAUUCUGGGACUAUGGCCGCAUUGCUUUGGUGUCCUCAGAAGCCGAGAGAGAAUCCAGAGCCCGCAGGCUGUCCUCCUCCUCCUCCUCAGGGCAACAGGACUUUGAAAGCGAGCUGGGAUGCUGCCCCUGGCUGACUGCCAUCUUCUGUCUGACCGACGAGCAGAUCUUGGAGUGGUGUGGAGAGGACGCCAUCCACUACCUGUCCUUCCAGAGGCACAUCAUCGGCCUGCUGGUGGUGGUCAGCUUCUUGUCCCUGUGCAUCAUCCUGCCCGUCAACCUUUCAGGGGACCUGCUGGAUAAAGACCCUUUCAGCUUUGGGAGGACGACCAUAGCAAACCUACAAACUGACAAUGACCUCCUCUGGCUGCACACCAUCUUCGCCUCCAUCUACCUCAUCCUCACCGUGGGCUUCAUGCGGCAUCACACCAAGGCCAUCAGCUACCAAGCGGAGAGCCAGGUGAGACGGACCCUUUUCAUCACCGGACUCCCCCGAGAAGCCAACAAGGAGAUGGUGGAGAGUCACUUCCGGGACGCUUACCCUACGUGCCUGGUGGUGGAGGUCCAGCUGUGCUACAACGUGGCCAAGCUGAUUUACCUGUGCAAGGAGAGGAAGAAGGCCGAAACCAGCCUGACCUACUACACAAACCUGCUGGUGAAGACCGGCCAGCGGACCCUUAUCAACCCGAAGCCCUGUGGCCAGUUCUGCUGCUUCGAAGUGCCGGGGUGUGAGCGGGAGGAUGCCAUCGCCUACUACACGCGCAUGAAGGACAGGCUGGUAGAGAAGGUUUCGGAAGAGGAAUGCAGGGUUCAGUUCCAGCCCCUGGGAAUGGCUUUUGUCACCUUCCAGGAGAAGUUCAUGGCCACCUACAUCCUGAAAGACUUCAACGCCUGCAAGUGUCAGGGUCUCAGGUGCAAAGGGGAGCCACAGCCAUCUACCCACAGCAGAGAGCUCGGCAUCUCUAAGUGGACUGUCAGCUUCGCCUCGUACCCCGAGGACAUCUGCUGGAAGAACCUCUCAGUCCAGGGCCUCCGGUGGUGGAGCCAGUGGCUGGGCAUCAACUUCAUACUCUUCCUGGGGCUCUUCUUCCUGACCACGCCCUCCAUCAUCCUGUCCACCAUAGACAAGUUCAAUGUCACCAAGCCCAUCCACGAGCUGAAUAACCCAGUCAUCAGCCAGUUCUUCCCGACCCUUCUCCUGUGGUCCUUCUCAGCCCUGCUCCCGACCAUCGUCUACUACUCCACGCUGCUGGAGUCUCACUGGACCAAGUCGGGGGAGAACCGGAUCAUGAUGACCAAAGUCUACAUCUUCUUGAUCUUCAUGGUGCUGAUCCUGCCCUCUCUGGGCCUCACCAGCCUGGACUUUUUCUUCCGGUGGCUCUUUGACAAGACUUCCUCCGAGACCUCCAUCCGGCUGGAGUGUGUCUUCCUGCCUGACCAGGGUGCCUUCUUUGUGAACUACGUCAUCGCCUCGGCCUUCAUUGGCAAUGGCAUGGAGCUGCUGCGGCUGCCGGGCCUCAUCCUCUACACCUUCCGCAUGAUCAUGGCCAAGACAGCUGCCGACCGGAGGAACGUCAAGCAGAACCAGGCCUUCCAGUACGAGUUUGGCGCCAUGUAUGCAUGGAUGCUGUGCAUCUUCACCGUCAUCAUGGCCUUCAGCAUCACCUGCCCCAUCAUUGCGCCCUUUGGCCUCAUCUACAUCCUGCUCAAGCACAUGGUGGACCGGCACAACCUCUACUUCGUCUACCUGCCGGCCAAGCUGGAGAAGAAGAUCCACGUGGCUGCGGUGAACCAGGCCCUGGCUGCUCCCAUUCUCUGCCUCUUCUGGCUCUAUUUCUUCUCCUUCCUGCGCCUGGGUAUGAAGGCCCCUGCCACCCUGUUCACCUUGCUGGUGGUGCUGCUGACCAUCCUGGUCUGCCUGGCCUACACCUGCUUUGGCUGCUUCAAGCACCUCAGCCCACUGAACUACAAGACAGAAGAGCUGCCCAGCGACAAAGGAAGUGGGGCCGAGGGCUCUGCGCCCCCACCAUUCACACCAUACGUGCCCCGAAUUCUGAAUGGCUUGGCCUCGGAAAGGACAGCGCUGUCCCCGCAGCAGCAGCAGACGUACGGAGCGAUCCGCAACAUCAGUGGGGCUCUCCCAGGGCAGGGCCUGGCCCAGAGCCCGGAGGACAGUGUGGCCAUCUCCUACCAGGAGGCCUGAGGGCGAACUUCCCAGAGGAGCGGAAUUGGGAGCCAGGGGCCGAGGAGACACAGGAACAGAGGUUUCAGGACCCCCACCCCACCACACUGUGCUGUCCUGGAAAGGUGGACUCAGGAAGGCCGGCGUCAGGCGCCUGGCUGGGUGGGAAUGGGUUGGGACACUGGCUGCAGGCCAGCAGGUAGUGUCUGUGGUCCCAGGGGAGUGAAGAUAUACUGCAGCUCGAUACCUCACCUGUUCCCCAGGCCUGCUCCGCUCCCCUGGGCCUCUUCUCGGGCACAAGCUUCCCACUGGCUGUAGCUGAAAUGAUGUUCCUAGUGGGUUUUUUUUUUUUUUUAGCCAAGAUCAUGUGUAGCAACGUCCCCCAGAACCAUUAGCCUGGUGGCUCUAGAAGGUAAUGUCACCAAGCGACAUUGUCUCUCUGUCCCCAUCCUUACACCUAAUGAGAGCUACUGUCAGCAGUGGGGUAUGGAUGGGAGAGGAGGUUCAGUGUGACUCCCGUCCUUGUCCACUGUUCAUGGCCCCCUCCCCUCCCCUGGAAGCUGCCCAGGAGUCAGCUGUGUGCGCACCGCCACAUCCUGUGUCUGGGUGGUUGUUUUCAAACCAUGUUGUUAGUGAUGGGCAAUGAGGCUCAUUAAUAGUGCCCAUUUGAGCAGACUGCUGAGAGCCAGCCUCCUGCCUUUUCAGGACUCAAGGUGUGGGGCGCAGUGCUUGGAGGGCAGGCACAAGAGAAGAGCAGGCUACCUCUGGGCUUAGGGUGGGCUGUGUGUGGCUCCAGCUGGAAGGACCACAAUCCUGUCAGCCCCUUGGCUCCUCCUGCAGGAUCUCUGCUAGGGCCACGCGCUGGACUUGCUCCCCAGGCACUUCAUCGCUCUUGCCUCCGGGUGGCGACAGAGGCCCAAGUUGGUGUUUGGGGCCCAUCAGACCAGCUCUGGACUUGUUCACUGUAGGUGGGCCAGGGUUUGGGUGACAAGGCCUAAAGUGGGGGCCCUCCCCCCAAGUUGUCCUGUGCAUGCACUUGUUAGGAGAUUGAGGCAGUAACUCAGCCCCGGUCCCCAGUGGGACCCCCUUCCCAGAGCAGGCUCUAGACCUGCCAGUCCACACCGCUAGCAAGGGACACGCAAGUCACUGAGAAGUAAAAAUUUUAAAUGUAUUAUCCAAGCCAUGUGUGCUGGCCCUUGUGGCAGGGCUGGGCAUGGGGAUCCCAGCAUGGGCAGGGCAGGAUACAAACUCAUACCUGGGGAAAGGGGCCCCUUCUCCCUGGCAGGGGAAUCGCAGAAGUUAUUGUCUCUCCACGGCUCCCACAAACUUGCGGAUGUCCCGGGCCAGCAGCUCCGGCUCCUCGAAGGCGGCGAAGUGGCCCCCACGGGGCAUGUAGGAAUAGGUGAGCAGUUUGGGAAACUUGAACCUCACCAGGCUUUCCGGGGCAUGCAUUAACUCACAAGGAAAGGCUGAAAAGCCUGUGGGCACCCAGACCUUCAUCCUAGAGGGAGGGGCAGACGGGAAGCAAAGGGGUGGCUGAGGACGAGGCUGUCUGCACAGCAGGGCCAGCUCGUUGGCCCCAAGGUUUUCCCUGCCUCUCCCCUCCCACCCCAAAGGCCCUGUGAUGCGGUGGGUUAAGAUUUACAGCCAUUUGUAAUUUAUC